AUGGAGCUGCACCGCUUCGCGGAGCGGUGGCAGCUGGACGGGGACGCGCAGAACUUCUUGAGGUCGCUGGAGCCGCAGGUGCAGGAGGUAGUACUUCGGGACUUUGCGCCGCAUGAGGGCACCCACGACGUGGCCGGCAAGCUGCAUGCCUUUGUCAAAGGUAUCCGGCGUGGGGUGACACUGGAGGCCUUCAUCCAGAAGUGGAACCUGGACGCCUCGACGGCCGCCUGGAUCCGAGAGAUGCCGGAGGCCGUGUCCGAGGCUUUAGUCCGGGACUUUGAUCCCAAGGAGGACACCCAAAACCUGGUGGGUAAGCUGAAGGGCUUCGCGCGGUCGAUCCUUUCCCGGCACGCAGGUGGGGCCGGUGCUUCUGCGGCAGCUGCGGCAGCUAGCGCCCCGGCGUUCGCCGGCAAUAGGAGGAGGCUUCUGGACUUUGUGUCGCGCUGGGGCGUGGAAGAGAGCCUGGCCUACCUCCAGAGCCUCCCGACGCCAGUCCAGAGACGAAGGUGA